GUCUUCUUUCUGAGUUUUUCGUGACCAAGAAGACAACUUUAACGUUUGCGAUUUGCAUCCCAGUCGCCAUUUGAGAGCUUCUGGGGACGACACUCCAAGCUCAAGCAAAUUCCUCUCUCGCUCACUGACUUUGCUUGCUUUCUUCAACUGUCGGAGGUUGCGCAACUUGGGCAGGUAUAACCAUGGAAGAUGUCCUUACUGAGAUACCUCCACCAUCAAGGUUUUUCCAGGAAGACCUCAACAACUUUAUAUCUCCAUCGCCACCCCUUCCUACUCCUUUCUUCGUGUUCUCAAAUCCUAAACUUGAUGGACCUCUUCGCCCAUCUCUCCUGAUUGUUGCCUUAUCUUCUCCAUCUCUCUUCAUCUUUGACCAAAUACCUUCGAAAAAUCUAAUUGGAACUGUUAUCAUCCCCGAGAUUGCCUUGUCUGGCAUCUCAGUUGAACCUUCUCGUGGAGAUAAGUCCUGCAACAUCUAUGCUAUCAGUGAUGAUGCUGAUAAUUCAAUACUACUGGUCACUGUUCAGUGUCCUGUAGCUGCAGAAAGAUGUCACCUCGUUGCAAAGAUGUUGAUCGGUCAAUCUAUUAUUGCUGAGAGGGUUCUAAUUUUUGCUUCAAUUCAAAGCCAGAACUUCAGAGGGAAGCUCUCACCGGAUGAAACCUUUGCAUUCAAGCUGGAGACAUCACCUGAAAGAAGUAGUGCAGAUCAUGGUUCUGGAGAUUCAUCUUUGCUAAAGGGCUUAGACUACUUUCCAUCAGGAAGUAUGAUAGAUGGCUUGGCUGCUGCUCUGUUGGGACGAUGUGAGAUGAUGAAUAUCAGAGGGGCGCUCUGUGUUUCAUGGCCUGAAUUUGAUGGCUCUGUCAUUGCCAUGAUAAAAUCUAUCCUGCACAGGAGUGUGUUGCCUCACUUUAGAUUCCGCUUAAAUUGUGAUGGAGUGGAGCUGUUAUCAAGGUCUACUCUUUACAAAGACCAGCCAUGUGAUCCUGAAUUGUAUACCUGACACCUUCUCACUAUAAAAUUGAAGUAGAGAUCAAAAAAGGAGGAAAGGAAAAUCCAAGCGACAGCCAAACACGAGCAAUGAAAACUACAAAAAAUGCUACUAUGGUAGGCUGGUUCCUCUCUCUUUACUUCCAAAAAAGUACAGUUGUAAUGUUAAUUGUCUUUGGCAUUGGAAUGUUGUGUCAAGUGCUUUAAUAUUUGACCGAUGUGUCAAGUUGUGUUUCUUUCUUGUAUGGCCUACAGAAGUUAGAAGGGGUAAUACUACGGGGUUAGACUUUAUGCUAGAGGAUGCCUCUUAGCAGGAAACUCUUCCUACACUUUUAUAACUUGAAUGUGUUCUCUUUCCUUCAACAGAUAUAUCAAAGUUGAAUCUGUUAACUUUUGCA